AUGAUUGACGAAGAUGAAACUUAUGUUUAUGAAAUCAUGCAAGACGACAAACAUCCCUUAGAUGAAUGUGCCAAAUUAUUAGCCGAAUCAUUUACAAAGUUUAAUCCGAUCGAAGCUUAUCUGAAAACAACUUAUGAUCAGUUCUUUUCGUAUGCAUCUACAUUGAUCAAUGAUGCAUUGAAUGAUGAAACUUUAUCCAUUGUUGUCAGGCAUAAAGGGACGCAUCAAAUUCAGGGGGUAUUACUAGCUCGAGAUUUGUACCUACAACAGCACCAUUCUUCAACAACUGAUGCGCAUUUUAAUCCAAUUAUCGAUUUACUAGGCGAAUUAGAAGAUCAUUUUGUAAAAGAAUAUGAGCGAGUACAUGGCACUAAACUAACAGAAAAAUCUGUAGUAUCAUUGUCACUGGAAGCAACUCAUUCAGAUUGUUUUGGACGCGGAAUUGCAACAAAGCUUCCAAAACUCUUGAUUACGCAUGCUCGCCAGAUGGGUUUCAAAAAUUUAAUUGUUGAGACGACUCAUCCGGCAACGAAACAUAUUUAUAUUAAUAAACUGAAUGGAAGAGAAUUGACGUCGAUUAACCCAGCAAAAUGGUUAUGGAAAAGAGGAGGAAAUGACAAAUAUCCGUUUGGAAAUUAUAUGACACAGCCCAAUGAAGUAUCAUUGAUAGUUAUAGAUCUUUAG